AUGUCAUCCCACAGCACCUCCACCACCACCAACACCACCACCACCUCCCAACAGCACGACGCCUCCGACACCGCCUCGGUCGCAACAACCUCCUCCCUCUCCAGCCGCAUCACCCUCCUCAAAGACAAGCUCCGCCCCACCACCACCACCACCACCACAGCCGACAAGGCGCGGCAGGAGCGCCAGGCCAAAGACGACCUGCUGAGGAACCAGAUCCGCAUGAACGUCUAA